AUGAUGUCACUGCGCAUCCCAGCUUUGUUUCUUAUUGUUAGUUCGAUGGGUCUUCUUUUACCUUUGGGGGAAUCGAUUUGGUUGACUCUUCCUCCAUUAAGAACCAAGUGCGUCUCAGAGGAAAUCCAGAAUGGAGUAUCUGUCUUGGCAAAAUACAAUGUCAUAUCUGCCGAUCAAAUAGGCGACGGCCCUGCCAUCACUGUCAAGGUGACAUCUCCAUCUGGAAGCAACAUCUACAGAGUGGAAAAUGCUACUGAUGACUGGAUUGAAUUCAACACCACCGAGGCUGGGAAGUAUUUGGUCUGUUUUUGGAUGGGUGACUAUCAUCAAGAUGAGGAAGCAAGCGUUUACCUUGAUUGGAAGAUUGGAAUUGCUACAAGGGACUGGGAUUCUGUUGCAAAAGAAGAAAAGCUCCUGGGUGUUGAGCUAGAGCUGAGGAAACAAGAGGAAAUAGUGGAGUCCAUUCAUGAAAAGAUGCUCCGUCUCAUGGGCAGGGAAAUGGAAAUGAGGGUGGUAAUUGAAACAAUCCAUGCCAGAGUAACAACGUUCAGUAUCAUGUCUUUGGGGAUCAACAUAGUGGUUUCAGCUUUGCAGCUAUGGUAUUUGAAACGUUACUUCCGAAAGAAGAAGAUUAUUUAG